AUGUCCCGUCUCGUUGCGGAACUCACAAAUGUCGAAAGCAGGCCUGAUGAGGCUAUCAAGGUAGAGUACACCUACUUGGGAAACUCCGUCACCCGCUACCUAGAGACAGACGCCGACGAAAUUGACCAUCGGCCCCGAGCGUUCAUCGCCCGAGAUUCGGAUACCAAUUCAUUUCAGGUAUUUAGCUUUCUAAGGGGAGGACCGGACUGGAGGUCUUAUACUGCACCUUGUGAAUCGCUUGGUGAGUUUGGCGAAGAAAUCGGGUUCGACGCCAAGACGAGUAUGGUGCCGCUCUCAGAAGUAUCAGGCCACGGCGACGAGGCACCCAACGAGAGAAAGUAG